GAAGUGCACUCUUACCUUCGGUGAGACAAGAACUGCAUUUUCACUAAGGACCAAGCUGUACUCCUGCUACUGUUGUUCUGUCAAAGGAAGACUGUCUGAUUUGAAGGAACCUCCCCUCCUGACGGGUGUGCUAGAGCCCAAUACAAAGUUACGCAAAGCUGAGCGGUUAUGGGAAAAUCAGGUGGUUGGACCAGAAUCCAUUGUCCAUAUUGGGGAUGUGCUAUUUACUGGGACAGCUGAUGGGAAGAUUAUCAAAAUUGAAAAUGGGGAAAUACAAACAAUAGCCAGAAUUGGCCAUGGUCCUUGUGGAACCCGUGAAGAUGAGCCAGCAUGUGGAAGACCACUUGGCAUCAGAGUGGGGCCAAAUAACACCCUUUUUGUGGCAGAUGCUUAUUAUGGACUCUAUGAAGUUAAUCCUGGUACAGGUGAAACAAAAAUGCUUGUGUCAACCAAAACACUAAUUGAAGGUCAGAAGUUGUCAUUUGUGAAUGAUCUUACAGUGACCCGGGAUGGGAGGAAAAUCUAUUUCACUGACUCCAGUAGCAAAUGGCAAAGACGAGACUACUUAUUCUUGAUUAUGGAAGGCACAGAUGAUGGGCGCCUGCUUGAAUAUGACACAGUAACCAAAGAAGUGAAAGUCUUAAUGGUGGGGCUGAGGUUUCCCAAUGGUGUCCAGCUUUCUCCUGCAGAAGACUUUGUCCUGGUGCAGGAAACAGCCAUGGCUAGAAUCAGAAGGUAUUAUGUGUCUGGUCUGAUGAAGGGUGGAGCAGAUAUGUUUGUUGAGAAUAUGCCUGGUCUUCCAGAUAAUAUCAGGUUAAGCAGCUCUGGAGGAUAUUGGGUAGCUAUGUCAGCUGUCCGGCCCAAUCCUGGAUUUUCUUUGUUGGAUUUCUUGUCUGAAAAACCAUGGAUUAAAAGGAUGAUAUUUAAGUUGCUGAGUCAAGAAACUGUGAUAAAGUUUGUGCCCAAAUAUAGCCUUGUUGUUGAACUUAGUGAGACAGGAUCCUACAGAAGAAGCUUUCAUGAUCCCAAUGGAGUGACCGUAGCUUAUGUUAGUGAGGCACAUGAGCACAAUGGAUAUCUUUACCUGGGCUCCUACCAGUCUCCAUUUAUUUGCAGACUUAAUCUUCAGCAUGUUUAGCUGUCCACUCAUGAUAAAGUGCCACUGUCCUAUAAGACUCCAGAGGUUUGAAGGAAGAAUGUGCUUGAGGCAGUGUGUGACCAAGGACAAAAAGUGAAAGACAGCCUGUUAACGUGCAGUAGCACUGUUCUGUUACCAUAGGAAAAUGUACUGCUUGCUGUACCUGUCCAAUUCCUUGAUUUGACUGCUCUUGCUUUGGAGUUGGCAUGCAUAAUUAUGAAUAUCUGAGGAGUAUGGUGGGGCAUCUUCAUAUGGUUCUGUGCUCCUUGAAGAAAAUGCAUUGCUUUUCCACGCCCAGCCCUGUUUGGAGUCAUCUUACAGACAUCAUCUGUCACUUUUAAUGCAACUGUAUGUUGUCUUAUAUUGGAAGGAUUUGUGAUCUAUGAAAUUUAAUUUGUAUGAUCUGGACUGAAGAGGAUGUCUUGCAUGUGUUUAUUUCUGUUUUAGAACAUCCUGUUUAGGAGUGAUUACAGUGCAUGUUUUAAUGUCAUACUGUGGUGCUGUGGUAGAGGCAGCAACAUCCAGAACAUGCCCAGAAAUCUAGUUAUACCAUUUGGGUUUUUUCAAUUCCAGCCUGUGUAAUCAACAUCAGACACUACAAUUAACUGUUAAUCAACAUGCAGAAUCAAAUUUGAUCGUUAUCUGUGGACUCCUGUGUUUCUUUAUAGCAUUGUAGUCAGAUAAUGAAUGAAAGUUACAUUUUCUACGCUAUUAAAGACUAGUUCCAGCAGGUUUAGAAAGGGUCACUUGUAGUAUUUCCUCCAUGUUUACCAGGUCCUGUAAGUCUCCUGUUUGUUAUGUAGGUGGCCAUUCCUGAGAGACAUGAGAGGGAAGAGGAGCAGCUGCAGGAAUCCUCUUCAGCAUGGUUUUUAGGAGAACUGGUAAAGGUUUUUGGGAAGGUUGGUGUCCAAAGAUGGAUGUGGACUGAAAGGGUCACUGUAGAAUCUAGUAACAGUGGACAAGGAAGGCUUUGGUGGAAAGUCUUGGGAUGCUCAUGGAUGCUUUCUGGCAUUUCCAGAGGAAAUGGUUUACUUCCUCUGUUAACAGAUAUUUUGCUUGGUAAAUCCAGAGAGUGCUUCUCCGUCAACUACUACAAAGGAGAGGCUGUGUAAUUUAGUGGAUUGAUUUGUGCUCUGGGAUUGAAAACUUUGCUGCUCUCUCUUUUUCUGCCACUGGGUGAUAGUCAAACAUAAAUUUAUGCUAUUACUCAAUUUCCUCGCCUUUGAAAAAGGAAAAAAAGACUUGCGUGGUAUAUAAUGCAAAGCACCAGAGAAGGGGAAGGCGAUGUUAAAAAUGUCAUCUGCUUUCACUGGCCUCUUGUGCUUGUCUUUAUUAAUGGAAGGAUAUGCAAAUGAAAGUGAUACUUUUCUGCCAGUGCUUCAGUCACUUUGUUCUGUUACUACCAGGCUGUAGCAGUCCUGUGGCUGAUGGUUGCUGGAUCAUGCAGGCUGACCUGUUCUGUACGGGCUGGGGGCUGCUAGCCCCUUUGCUUGACCUGGUGGUUAGUGGGUUUGGGAGGGAGCUCACUAAGAGGCAAGAGAAGCCCACUAGAUGAGUUGCUGCAGGCUCUGAUCUUUGGUCCAGUUGAGCCCUAUAUAGCCCUUAAUGAGCCCUGAAUAGUUUGUGGACAGAGAUAGGGUGAUACUGUGGUAAGUCUGAGAAGCUGGAGAGGCGUGACCUGCCUGGGGGGGAGGUACAGACUUGUGUGGGAACUCUGAAGAAGGGGUGAGAAUGGGACGUGCCUGCAACACCUCUUUCUGGGGAAACCCAGCAGCUAGUUAGCAUUGCUCUGCCAGCCCUUGCAGCUAUUUGUCCCAUUCUGGUAGGGUAUGAAAGUUGAACUUGAUGGGAUCUUAAAUUGGGGUUGUAAAAGCAAGUCUGUUGUGGGGUGUGUUUCAUGGUGGUGCUUUGGUAGCCUUGGGGCAAGCACAGCUUUACCUGUUGUUGCAUAGUUACCUGUAAUGAUUCAUUUGCCAAAGUGUCCAACUGGAUAACUUUGUGCUGUCUUUUGUAAUGAAGUAGACCUUGGCUGUUUUGGCCUGCCAAAUGUGAUCAGGCUUUUGUGUGACUAAUUCUCUUAUAAGACACUGUCCCUUAAGUUUUGAAGUGGAAAAGAAAGUAAGUUGUAGCGCUGCUGAUGCUGAAGAGGGAUAAGACAUAUGAAGAGCUGUCUCUUGAGAGUUUUUAGGUUCUCAUCCUUUUUCUACUCUUCUACUCCCUCACUGUUUCCUGGCCACUGUUGGAGACUUAGUACACUGAUGAUCCUGUGGUCCCACCAGGAAGUUCUUGAAUCUUUUUUUAGUUCUCUCUGAACUCUGUAGCAAGUACAGCAGACUGAGAGUCAUGUGAACAACUUGCUUUUCUUGGGGAAGGGGAAAAGAGAAUGCCAAAUAUGAAAGAGAUCUAACGGAGUGUGACUUUGUCUGGUGUGACUUUUGAGUGGUCUAGCGGAAACUGUCAGACAGUGGCCAGGCACAAGUAUCUCAGGGGGAGGUGCAAGAAAACUUGAAAUGGUUAAUCAUGGCAGAACUGAAGCUCAGAAGCAGCUUCUCCUAGCUUGAAGAUAGCUAAUGCCCUUAUUCACUGGGGCAGUUGCCUUCUGAGCUCUUCUUUUAAUCCUGUGGUAGCAGGGAGGGUUGUUUUGCCAAGUGCCACAGUCAGGAAAGGAGGCUGGACACUGUGAAGACAUUAGAGCUGUCUGCACAAGAGUCUUCCUAUGGGGAGCAAUUUCCCUAUAAAAUCCAGCAAGUCAGCGGUGAAGGCUAGUGCUGUAGCAUGGAGGAAGCUGAGCUGAUGCCUUGGGUACUUGCGUUCUUUGUUGGUCCUGGUGUCCCAUGAGAGUUCAGUUACUACUUCUUU